CGACCUACGCCGACUUCCUGGCCCAGAUGACGAGCCGCAAGAUGAUUUGCUUCCAGGCGGAGGACCCCAGCAUCGAGCCAAUUGGUGUCUUCUGUGUGGCAAAGGAGAGCGAUCGUCUGAUACUGAUCUUUGACACUCGCACUGUCAAAGCUUACUUCUCGGAUCCGCCCACGACGGCGCUGCCGAGUGCUGCAGCCUAUGCCAACCUGGAGGCGAAGGACGGGAAGGCGCGCGGGAUCGCGGGGCUCCCCAACGGCGGGCGCCUGCAGGCCUGCCUUGUCGUGCUGCCCACGGGGUUCUCAUGGGUGCUCCACCUCUGCCAGCUGGCGCUGCGGACUGCUGUCGUUCGGGCGGGCGGGCCGGGACAUCUCAUCGUGGACGAUGGGCUUCCCGGAGUCGUCCUGGAGCCUGGCUGCCCGCCCGCCGUGGCAGGUUACGUGGAUAACUACCUGACAGUGGGCGCCGGCGCGACGCUCGUCGACCAGUCCCUGGACCGCAUCACGGCGGCGCUGGAGGGUGCGGUCCUGCGCGUGCACCAGCCUGAUCGGGCCUCCGACUCCUGCAGCUCCUUGGGCAUGGAGUUCCGCCGCGGGCGCUGGCUGGCCAUCAAGGGCCGCUCCGUCUGGCGGCUGCAGUACGCCAUCGAGAAGUUGCUCCUGCAGGGCCGGGCCUCCGGGCUCCUGGCGCGCGUCGUCAUCGGCCACCUGACGUGGGCAUCGAUGAUCAGGCAGGCUCCAGCCGACCUCAUCGCCAAGUGCGGGAGGCAGUGCGAGCGGCGGCGGUACCGAGUGGAUGCUGCUCUCCUGCCUGUCUCUGAUCAGUCGAACGACCGAGAAGAUGCCGCGGCGGCUUCGCCUGGCACGCCUGACCUCCUCAACGGCCUCAACGUGUACCCUGUGGAGCCCCAGGAGAUCCUUGCUGCCGAGCCGUGCAACGCGAAGGGCCCCAUCAACGACCUCAGCGGGGACUUGAAGGGCCUCAUCAAGGGCUGGAGGACUCCGUGGUGGGCAACGUCUCGGGAAUCCCGCUGGUCCUAG